ACGUAAAUAAGAGGUGUCUGCAGGGUUAGAGCCUUUCCUGCACAGGUGAAGUUCUGCAAGUGGCUAGUGAACCCAAAACACGUAGAAAUGGCAACUAUUAAAGCAGUUUGCAUGCUUGUUGGAGAAAAAGUGAAAGGAUCCAUCACACUUGAACAAAAGGGAGAUGAACCAGUUCACAUCACUGGUGAAGUCACUGGCUUAGAAAAAGGGGAACAUGGCUUUCAUAUUCAUGAAUUUGGAGACUAUACUAAUGGGUGCACCAGCACAGGAAGCCAUUUCAACCCAUUUGGGAAAAAACAUGGUGCACCAGAAGAUGAAGAGAGACAUGUUGGAGAUCUGGGAAACAUAACAGCUGGAGAUGAUAACAAGGCAACUGUUGACAAAACUGACAGACUUAUUAAGCUCAGCGGCCCCCACUCUGUUAUUGGAAGAGCAUUCGUGGUCCACGCUGAUGUUGAUGAUUUAGGAAAAGGUGGUCAUGAGCUGAGUCUUACAACUGGUAAUGCUGGUGGCAGAUUGGCCUGUGGUGUUAUUGGAAUCGCAAAAUAAAUGGAAAGCCUGAAAACUUGACAUUUUCUGAUAAACAAUGCUAUUAGCUGAUGAUCUGAUUGGUAGUUGUUUUUUUUAUUUUUUUGUGACAUUUUGAUGCAUACCUCUAUAAAUACGCUGAAAUUGGAGAUGAAUAUACUAGGGACU